AGAGGAAACUAAUUAGGUGGAUGGAGGGUGAUCGGAUAUUUAUGUUUUUUUUCCGUUACUAAAUAUUUGGGGAGAAGCUAGGAAUGAAAAUGUUUGUCUCUCCACGACAAAACUACCCUCAACAUUUAUUCCUCAAACCCCUCUUGCCAAGCUAAUUCAUUCAUCGAUAUGGUAUCAAUAUUCAGGGAUAAAUCCACCGUCAGAUUACGUCCCUCCCACUAUUCACCCCCCAAAAUAAAAAAAUCCUACAAUUACCCGUCGAAGAAUGAGGACAAACACCGGGAGCAGUAGAAAUAAGUAGCUGUGAUCAGCCGAAUGUCUGUAUCUACUGCGGAAGAGAAAAAAAAAAUAUCUCACACGAACUUUAACGCUGAACUUUACCGACAACAGCGCCCUUUGCCAUGGGGCAAUAUGCUCCAGGCGUUUCAGGUGCAUACACGUCCUCCAGUCCCGCUGGAGCAGCCGACCCGACAGCAUCGAAACCCCCAACCCACCCUCCAGCCCGCUAAAGUUCAAACCCACCACUCCGUGAAGCAAAUCAAACCGAACUAACAAAUCACUAGCGAUGACAUCGAAAUUUUAAAUAUUUUUACCACUCGCAGUUGACUUUUCUUCGAUUAUUAUUGUGAUUGCACGUGAUUAUAUCGUGAAGAAUGAAUUUGAAUUUUGUGAUAAAUGUUUACAAUCACUGAAAAUGGCAUACACAAUGCAGGAAAUUUUUUUUUUCUUCUUCACAUGUUGCUGCAUGGGAUAAUAAAAAUAGUGCGGACAAUGGGGAGUGUAAAAAUCCAGGGAAGAAUGUAAUCCGUUUUAUGUCGUCUCCAGAGGCGCUUUUAUUUCUUCGGUGGUCUCGUAAACUUUGGAGUUUGCUCCUCCAAUGUCUCCCCAGUCUUUCACGAAGUUUCCAACAUCUUCUUCGUGUACUCUCUCUCCCUCUCUCUCUCUCUAUCGUCCACGAUGAGUUGUUUGAAGGGGUCCCGUGCCAGAAACAAUUUUCCACUUCGACUCACUGUCAGUGUUGAAUGGUCUUCCCAUCUUCAAAAUUAUUAUAUCAGCAACGUGUUGCCUGAGUCGCCGGUGAUAAGGAAAAAGUUUUGUUGAAAAAAAAUUUAUUCAGGUAUUUUUGGUAAGAGGCUUAGUAUUCGAAGCUGAUGGGGGGUAGAAUAUUUGAGUGGAGUAGUGGUGCUCCAGUUUGGGAGCAGAAGGACGUUGAUAGGACACGUAUGUUCAGGGAGUGAAGUGGUAGAUCCUUUUACAGGGUAACGUAAUUUUGGAGAAUGGGGAUCACGUGCAUUAGCACUUGGUCACGUGCACCUGCUUCUUCUAUUAUAUUUGUUCUUCUUGUCGUUGGGGUGUCAUAACUAUUAGGGCUGGAGAGUAUUUAUGGUGACAAUAUUAAGACGGGGGUUUUGAAGGGGCGGGACGGACGCUUUUAGGAAUUCCAUUGCCUUCAAUUUUGCUGAAUUUCAUUGGCGAUUGAAUUCAAUUUUUUCGUCGCAUGUGAUAGAAUGACGGAAUGAUUCGAUUAACAAUUCGAGAAUGUAAUCAUAAUCGGUCUAUUCUUAACUUUGGAAGAUGUUAAAAAUAUGUUUAAUUUAAUUUACUGUGCUCAGGAUAGAAAAUAAUUAUUAUUUGUUAUGUAAAAUUGAGUAGAAUCAAUUGAAAUUGAAUAAUGGCGAUAGGGAUCGAUCUGAAAGGUGAAAAUACCAGAGAAAUUUCUAUAACGAAAAAAAAUUCUUACAACACUUUCAUUCGGAAGCAAAAAAUAUUACCCCUCUGUAAAAUCGAAUUCUAUUACCCUCUCAGUGGAAAAAAUCCCUGAUACCCCGUAGAAUAGUUUGACGAUAAAUUUCAUCCGAAAAAAAAUUGAUACCUGAUACGUAAAAAGAUUAUUGGCACUGAGAGGUUGAAGUGAAUGGGUCGAGAGUACGGUAGGAACCCUGGGAGAGCGUUUCGUGUUGACGCAUCGUCGGUGCUUUUGUACCCCUGAACACACGCGAUCCUUUCAGAGUCGAGCACUGUGGCUGGGGGUGGUUGUAGCAGAAGUGCCACUGGCGUAAAUCGCAACAGCAUCGUGGGAGGAAAUUGCGAUGGGGUGGAACGACGAAUGGUAGACAUUACCAGAGAUAAGCCGAUCAAAGUUGCCGUGAGGGUGCAAGUACCUGUUCGAGAUCAUCCCAAGUUUAAUUUCGUUGGGAAAUUGUUGGGACCAAAGGGGAAUUCGUUGAAACGCCUUCAGGAGGAGAGUGGCUGCAAAAUGGCUGUACUUGGGCGCGGAUCUAUGAAAGAUCGGCAAAAGGAGGAGGAGUUACGUGCCAGUGGUGACCCAAAGUUCUCUCAUCUUGCAGAGGAUCUUCACGUGGAAAUAAGCGCCUAUGCGACACCAGCUGAGGCACAUGCUCGAAUCGCCUACGCCCUCGUGGAAGUCCGACGUUUCCUCGUACCCGAUUACAAUGAUGACAUACGACAGGAGCAGAUGUGGGAAAUGCAGAUGAUGAACUGUACGGAAAAUAGCCAGGAUGAAUUAUCAAGUCCAGAGACUAAUUCAGAACCAACUAGCUCACCAAUUUCCAGCACAACUGGACAGCCAUCGGAACCCCAGGAGAUAUGCAAAACUUCAGGGAAUUCACCCCAUUCCAUAACAUCGGGUCGAAAGAGGCCUUUGGUCCCGGGAAAUCGACCUGCCAUGUCCCCAACAAAAAGAACAGUCAUGUCACUGCUAGCCCGAGCAAGAGCAGCUCAGAAUAAAGAGCACCUGCAGCCAGCCCAGAUCGUUGCUCAUCCCCAGUCACCGACUGUCCAUCAGACAACCCUAACAAUGAUUCCACAAGCUCCAAAUCAGUCUACAACUCAUACAGUACCACAAGUACCCCGAAUUCAAUUAAUCGGUCAGACAGUGGCACAACAUCAAACGUCAAGGAGACAGACAAUUAUUCCACCUCAUUCGCAACAUCAGAUUCUGUCACCUGCAAUAGGGCUCAUCCAUGCGCAGAGGACCGCCGGUGGGCCAACGGUGCUUCCACUUCUACGAGAGGACCUCGUUGCCGGAGUGAAUUUGGUUUAAUUCACUGGGAACGUCGUCUUAAAUCGAAGAGGCUUUUUCCUUUCCUUCGGGUUGGUUUAUUUUUGUGGCCUAAGAGAGGUGGAAUUAUGUAAAGCAUUUGUAAGGAAUUCUCCUCAUUCAUUUUGCCAUUAAUCGGGGUUGAAGGUAUUCUCUUCAGUUAUAAUUGUUCUUUACAAAACCCUUGGACCAACUUCCGCUCUCACUUGCUUCGUUAGGUAGACUAUUGUG